AUGCAAGUUAUGUAACAACUCUCAACAUCUCAUGGAGCGCAGUUUAAACCUGUUGUUCAAGAGGAUUUCUAUUUGCUCGAUCUUGUAGGUGGAGCUUCUCAAACAGCUCUUCAUCCAACGAGACCUAUAGUUGCUUAUAAUUCGGUGCAUCAUCAACACGAGGUAUUCGCUAUUGCAUUCUCCCCUCCAGGAGCCGGAUCUUCUUAAUCUGGUGGAGAUUUCUUGAUUUCAGUUGAUUUCGAUAGAAAUGACAUUAGUGAUCCUAAUUCGCCAUCAAGCAGCACUAUUAUUCUUUGGAAUUGGCAAAAAGGUCAAUGCUUACAAGAGAUUUAAAUCCCUAAAUCUUAAAACAAUCAGUCAUAUCUCUAUCAACCAGGUCCGAUGCAGUCGAUAUCCUAUCUUUCAAGAAAUAUCUAGAUUGCUUUUGAACGAGUAGGGGGGAUGUUUGUGGUUCUUGAGUCAGGCUAGUAUGGAGCAUCUGAUUAGGGUUCAGGUUAUAGAGGUACACUCUGGAACCUAAAUAGACAACAGAGGAUUGAGAUGCUCAGUUAGAUGGAAUUAGAGCUUUAGAACGAAAAGCAAGCCAUAAAAAUAUGGGAAUACUAGAAUGGACAUGCAGACCUUCUUAAAAGGAUUUAGAUUAAGUAGAAUAUGAGAUAGUGUCUUGUAGCAGAGCUUACUGGUUACUUAUUGAUAUUAGGAGAUAAUGGAAAGAUCUUGAUACUAGAUCAAGAAGGUGAAUUUAUUAGUACAAUCAAAAGAGAUUUAACAUUUUUUACAACUAUUAACACAGCACAUGAUAAGCUACUACUAGGCACAGAUAGAGGUACAAUCUGUGUCUAUCACUUAGCUUCCUUACAAUUCAUUAGUGAGAUCCCUUACUAGCUUGGAGUACUAUCUAAUUUCUAGCUGAAUUCUAGCCCAUACAUAGAUAAAUAAAAUAAAGAAGAACCAAGUGUCUUUUAAUUAGGACCUCCAGUUCAGCAAGUAGCAACAACCUUAAAUAUGAGAUUCUUGUUUAUCAAAUAUCAAGAUCAAUCUUUUGUUAUCAUUGAUAGAACAGUGCCUAAUCCAAAUCAAUCAAUUUUAGGCUAUUAAUAUGGCCAUUUCCAAAAAGUGACAGGCUUGCAAUGGAUGAGACCAUCUCUAACUUCUGGCUCCAAAAAACAUAAAUUCCCUAUCUAUGGUGAAAACCUUUCACUCCAUCAAUAAGCAAAUGCGUCAUUCGUUACUUGCUCCUAGGAUAUGAGUAUAUUUGUUUGGAAGCAUUUUGGUGAUAGAUGGUCUUUCAGCUAUAUAGAUGUAGUAAAAGGAUGCUUUGAUUAAUCCUUGACAUAUUAGAGAAAGCUAAAUGAAAAGAGCACAUAAAAUCUUGAGCUUACUUCUAUUAGAGUUUAUCCACGAUCACCAUUAGUAGCUGUAGGAGAUAAUAAAGGAAUUGUGAGAAUUUUUUAGGUAACCUAAGAGAAAGCAUUAUUUAUAGGUAGUCAUUAAUUGGUAAAGGGUAAUGAAUAACAUUCACUAGCCGAUGAUUAGAUUAAAGAUAUUUACAUCACUCUGGAUGAACUUUAUGCAAUUAUAUCAUUCUAAUCAGGCUUAAUAUGCUGUUAUGAUGUGAAAAAUAGUUACAAUCUGAUUGGAAUUAUUGAAAAAGAUGCCUAAAGAUUUUGUUAUUCGAAUCAAUUGGAAGUUAGAAUGAAAGUACUUGAAAGUGAGACUCAUUCAAUGAGCUACUUCUCACCUAACAGAGCUUAAGAUGAAAAGCCCAUUUAUCUUAACACAUCUUUUGAAUAAGAUUACAUUUCACCUGCAAGCGGUGCAUUCUCAUCAAGCUUUAGAAUACUUAGCACAACCUCACCAAACUUUGAUGAGGGUAAAAUAUCUGGGUUUGAUGUUCAUCCGAGCAAUGAUUACCUUUUAGUUACAAGCAAUUAAGGGAGAGUCUAUAUGUUUAGAAUUGACACGGGUGAACUUAGAGGAACAAUAAGAACUCCGCUACAUGCUAAGGAAUGCUUGAUUGAUCCAAGUGGACUGUAUUUAAUAAUAUAAGUGCCGCCAUUUUCCCCAAAGCAUACUUCUAAUCUAUUAGGGGAAGUAAAUGAUUUUAACAGUAAUCUUUCAACUCAUGAAAGAGAUCUAGAGAGAACUACUCUAUUAAUGUUUGAGGUAGGAACUGGAAGAGCUUGUGCUGAGCUAAAGUCGUUAUUUGAAGUCACAUAGCUUUCAUUCUCACCUGAUGGUAGAUAUCUUUCUUUAGGUUCAAGGACAGGAGCAGUAUGUGUCUGGGCUUUAGGAGAGCACCUAAUCUAAAAUGUUAAGCAGGUAUUAGACCUAGUUAAAGUACAACCAGAUUUCUGGGCUAAUUAUCCAAUAUUCCUUGAAGAUUAUGGUACUUAUGGAAUGAUUUAAACGAUUCCUUCAUAAUAGUUUCCAACUUUAGAGAAUAGAUAGAUUGAUAGACCAGAGGAUUAUGAUAAUAAUAUCCAUCAUAUGUCUCCUAAUCAGAUAAAUAGAGGAUCUGGCUCUGAUGGUUUCCUGUCUUCUCAAAGAUAAAAUCCUCUCUCAACUUUGAAAAGUGGGUCUAGAACUAAUAUUGGACAGCAGAUUUAAACACAUUAAGAUCAUGGCUUAUAAAAGUAAUCAUUUAUUCGGCCUCCGAUGAGAUAAGAUCAAUAAAUCUAGUCAAACAUUCAAUAUACCUAAUCAGAAAGAAAAUACUAACCCACUAACCAAUUUGAUUAGAACUAAAGAUAAAUUUAAAAGGAUAUGGCGCAGUAAUAAUAGCAAAAUAAAUUCUAUAGAAAAACUUUCAUGGAAGAUUAGUAGACUUAAAUGACUCCCCAUAUCAGAAUGUAAUUAGCUAGAGGUCAGCUCAGAUAUAAGCUGGCUCCUCAUUUCCAGAAUAUGGAAAUCUAGCCAAUGUUUAUUAAAACUUCUAAGAAUAAAGAAAGUCAAGUCCAAUUAAAUAAAAUCACCAUUCACAGUCUUCGUUCUAUGGGUAAUACAGGUUAUUAGAGACAUUUGCCACAUUAGCUUCUACCCUAAGUGUAGAAUCUAAAACAAGAGCCAGAUAUAAGUAAAUCUGGUGGAUCUGCAUACAAGAGAGGUGGACAAGUAGAGUAUAUUCCAAGAUAAGACUUUAUUGAUAGAACUCAAUAAAAUCAAAAUGCCCCUGGCUAUCUUUAACCUUUGGUAGCACAGAGAAAUGUAUUCUAGGAAGAAAAUCCUAUGCAACAGAGAGAUUAACCUUUAAGAUAUGAAGAAAAUUUAGAUGCAGCAGAUUUAUACAACCCUUUUCAAAAUAAUCAAGCUUAAAAUGCUCUAGUUAAUCUUUAUGCCACAGGUAAUACAGUUCCAAUCAGUAGUAUUUAACACUCUCCUUUGAGGCUGAAUGCAAGUUAUGGAGGAUAGAAUAAUAUAGGGGGUAGACUUUAACCAAUCAGUAGUGAUGAAAAAAGAUAAGUAAUCAGAGACCCUCUUGACAUUGAUGAUGAUAUCAGUGAUAAUGGUCCAGAGAGUCUAGAAAAUCAACUAAAGGAACUAGAUGGAAUGAAUAAAUAUCUAUAGAAUAUCAGAGUUCCAACAAGGUUUGCAAAUGAUGAGUUCUUGACUGUUAAUGGCAGAAACGGGGAAUAAGCUUACACUCUAGAGAGGUUAAGACAGGAGGAGAGAUUGAUAAGUAUGGAUCCACCUGAUCAUAUCAUAGAAGAGAUAUCAAACUCUGCUGGAGCAGGAGGAAGUACAUAUGACCUAGUUGAAGAGAUGUACGAAAAUAUGGACUAGUUUGAUCAGAAAAUUAAGAGCAAAUACUCUACUAGAUAAGGAAUGUAUUGA